AAGCUGAUGGAAACUUCAGAAGAACUUAAACAGCUAGAUUCACUUAAACAUAUCCAUUAGUAUAUAUUAUUGUGAAUAUUAUAUUAUACCCUUAAUCCGUAAACAUGUUGGGCGGCUGCCCCGAUGAGUUGCCCAAUCCGCACAGGAACUGCCUGCACGAGAUGCUGCAGGCGCUGAUCUGCAACGACAACGAUGUGAAGCGCUUGAACACGGAGCUCCGGAACCUUCACCUGGAGCUGGAGGCAGAGCUGACCAAGAUUAACAAGGCGAACCAGAAGUGCGGCCACGAGAAGAAGGGCAAGGUGGUUUGCGAGAGCACCGAGGACAUGACGAAGUUCGCUCAACGGAUCAACAACCUGGAAGAGGUGAAUACGCACUUCACCCGGCGAAGUGAGCAGAUUCGAAAGCGGCGGGAUAACAUCAUUGUCUAUGCCCGCCAGUGCUUGUACGCCUACAACGAGGAGAAGUGUAAGUUCAAGUCCUUCCACGAGAACACGGUGGACUACAUAAAGCGCACGGCGACACUCUCCCAAGAUGCAGAGGUGAUCCGGCGAUGCGGCAAGGAAGUGUGCGAGCUGCAUAAGCGCUUCGUGCGGGAGGUGGCCAAGCUGAAGAGCUGCGAAUCGGAGCUGCUGCCCUUCUUCAAGCUUCUCAAGGAAUCCGAUCCGAAGGCCUACUGCGAGUGCUGCUGCUUCAAGGGAUACGACUGGAUGCCCAAGGGCAAGAACCUGGAGGCCGUGGAUGCAAUGGCUGGCGAGAUCAAGGAGCAGAUGGGCGACGUCCUGGUGAGAGCCUUCGCCCAACUGCACAUUCAUUCGCCGCAGGAUCCACGCGCCUUUAUUGCUGCCUAUCUAAUGAAUCUGGAUCGUAACGAGCAGGAUAUGAAGGAGAAGCUUAGCAUUUUCCAAGCAGAUCCUGUAGUGGAAGACCAGGAGCUUUCGGACCCUACAUUCCACUGCGACGAUAUUUGUCCCAAAUCCGAGUGAUAUCAUUAUCGCUCAUGACACACAGAUAUUCGCUUAGUUACUUAAUCAUGGAUUGCAAUGAAAUAAGAACUUUAAAUUGGCGUACAAGUACACAGAAUUUAGUGCCACCAGCGGAAAUUUUGAAUUGAAAAGCGGCUUCCUUUGAACAUUUUAUUAAUUCAAAAUAAAAACGCAAUACAUUUCGGACAUAUG